AGUAGAACCAGCAUCGCUCUUGCCUGGAAUACCAUUUGAUCACUUGAGAUGUAGUUUUUUUAACUUAUAAAAUGUUAUUGAAAAUGAUGAAAUGUGAGUUUAUUUUAUUGCUUGUUUUUCAAAAAGUUAUUGCUGUUACAGUCAUACAUGUGAAUUUAAACAACUUUGAAUUAGAGUAUUUUGUGACCUAUGAAAAUUGGUGUAAAUCUGACAGAGACAGAUUUCAGUUUAUAGUUGGUAUAUCUAUCGAACAAUGUGUGGCAGAGUGUGGUGCACGGGGUCACUGCAGUUCUCUUAUCUAUAGAAAUCAAAUCAAUGGAUGUGAGCUUUUCCUUACUUCAGAAACGGAGCAGUCAAACCCCGGCGAGUGUGCAUAUGUUAAAAAAGACAACAUCAACGUGAUAAAGAAUCCUUGUCAAGACGGUUGUAACUACGGGCAUGUCUGUGAAUCAAUAAAUUCCCAAAGGGGAAAGUGUAAAGUAAAAGAGUGUAUCAACACAACGACACCUGAGAAUGGUAUAGUUCUUGGGAAUGAAAGGGGAAUCGGCAAAAAGAUUCGUUACAUGUGUAAUCCCGGGUACAAACCAAAAAACGACGGCGUAGAACCUGAAGCUGAAUGUCUUUACAAUGCUCAAUGGAGCCAUAUAACAGAAUGUGUAAAAAUGCUGUAUACUUGGACUACUUGGUCGUCUUGGGGACAUUGUAGCGUAAGCUGUGGUAGCGGUCUAAGGACUAGGCAAAGGACCUGUUCAAUACCAUCAACAGGCGGCGUAAAUGGAACAAAUUGUGAAGGAAACGACCAACAACCCGAUGAAUCAAAAUGCAAUGAACAAGACUGUCCGACACCUACAUUCCUGAACAGUUGUGCAUCUGAUACAGAUUGCAUUGAGAAAGAGGGGAAGUGCACACACGGUUUUUGCCUAUGUAAGCACACGCAUUUCUACGAUUAUUCCACUAAUAACUGUACAAUUUGUACUCAGACGCAAACAUCCUUCGUGAUGCUACAUAAAAGAUAUAUACCGGAUAUUAAGAUUGGUGAUAAUCUUCAACAGGUAACAGUUGAAGAAUGCAAAGAGAAAUGUAUUGCAAAUAAAUUGUGCUUCUCGUUUGAUUUUUGGGGUGGUGACAGUUGUUCUUUUCAGUCAGUAUCGCUUGAGAUGGCACAAACUGCUGGCGAAAACGUGCCAAUUACCUAUCAGGCAACGCUUGAUCUUUAUUUCCGAGAAUGUGUUUCCAAUGAUUUACCUUGACAAACUGUUGUUAUAGAACUAUACAUGCAUAAAGAAAAUUGUAUGCAAAAUAAAAUCUUUUAUUUUA